AGAUCUGCACGCCAGCGCUAUGGAAGACCGGCCGCAAAAGCCACCACCCCUACAAGUCGUUGAGAAGGCAACAGAAACGAUGGUUCCAUGGCGAUUAUGGCUAUUCACAGUGUGGAUCACGCUUUAUCUUCCAAGAUGUGAGAUGAAGUCAACAGCUGAGGGACUGGGAUAUUCUGUAGAUAGAUAUGAUGACUCUCCAGGACUGUAUUACGAACUCUUAGGAGAGGCCACGUUAUAUAACACAGAGUGGAAAACUGUAGUGUACGUCAACCUAAGGCAAACGGACAGUGAGACGGAGCAGUUAGGCCAGUAUAUCAGUUAUAUAAAUAAAUUAUGCCAAGCUACUGAAGUUCAAAAUUGGACAGACUGUAAUCAUUUUUCUUCAUUGUCUAAUGAUAGACUUAAGCAGGUAAAGGGGACUGAAAAACUGUUGCACGAAUUAAUUGGAAAUUCGGGACACAUCCGCAGACGCAGGGGAGCCCUAAAUUUUGUGGGAGAAAUUAGUAAGAUAUUAUUUGGAACCCUAGAUUCGGAUGAUGCUGAUUAUUACAAUGAGCAGAUUAAGCAUUUUGAGGAAGAAACCGAAGACAUGACUAGCAUUAUGAAACAGCAACUCUCUAUAAUAAAGGCAUCGCUAGGAACAAUGAAUAGUACUAUCUCCGACAUGGAAUACAAUGACCAUGCAAUUAAGGAGGGAUUGUCUAGCUUAAAAUCUUACAUGGAAAAGUUUAGCUCAGAAACGGAAGAGCAGUUGAACAUACUGAGUGUGAAGGUCACAGUAGAGGGACACAUCGCUCGAGCGAAUCGUGCUCUUGAUGCCAUGCAGAGGAAUUUAGAUUUGAUGAUAGAAAGCGUCCUAAACGCACAAAAGGGUAUUUUGCAGCCCCAAAUAGUCUCACCAAAUCUACUUAUGGAGACAUUACAGGGAAGUGCUUCAGUAUUUCCAAAAGAUACCAUGGCACCAUUUACCUUCAGCAAGGAUUCAAUCAGUUUGAUUUCUAAAAUAUGUGAUGUUCACAUUUACAUAAAAGAUGGAAUAUUAGGUUAUAUAAUAAGCUUACCUUUAAUCAGCAGAGGUACAUUCAAGGUGUUUCGAUUGAUACCACUGCCAGUAGGUAUAGAGAAAAAUAGGUUUCUCUACCUUGAAACUGGUAAUGAACUAUUGUAUGUUGAUCAAAUAAGACAAUAUUAUUUUGCCACAAGCCGAGAGGAAUUAAGACGCUGUAAAUCAGCCGUACCAAAUGCAUACAUAUGUAAGCAAAGUCAACCCUUAUUGAACAGUCACAUGCAGGAAUCAUGUGAAAUAAAAUUGUUGCAACCACGGCUAAAUAUUCCAAAAAUUUGUGAUACAAGGGUAGUACAAAUCAUACAUACGGUUUGGACCCAGUUAGAGAAAAACAAUGAAUGGAUUUAUUUCAUACCAUCUAGUGAUGACAUUACGAUUUUAUGUCCAGAAAAGGAACCUGUAAACAUAGUGCUUAGAGGCACUGGUAAGUUGAGUAUUCAACCGGGAUGUAAGGGAUAUGGUAAAACAGCCCUGUUGACUACCCAAAACACUGUUCAAGUAAAUACCUCGAAACACGGAGGAGAUUUGUUAUCCAAAGUGGAAUCUCAAUUUGAAUGUUGUGAACAGUUCGGUACAUCAAUUAACUUGAGUCAUAUUGAAUUAGAUAUGAAGUUGAAACAUGUGGUAACGCACAUGGAAGACCUGAAAUUUGCUAGUUAUAAGAUCUCCGAGUUGGAGAACCUUGCAAAAGAAAAAGAAUGGAAAUGGAAACAUAUCCAGUACCACAAAACUUAUUCAGUGCUAAUGUACAUUGUGAUCACUGUAGUAAUAUUGUAUGGUUUAUAUAGACUUGUGAAAUUUGUUGUAACCCGUUGGAGAAAAAGCAAAAUACUAAGGGCAAUUGCCGCAAAAACGGAAUGUUUAAGCCUUCCUGGAGAAGCCAGUGGAACUGGAAAUGUUAUCAAUAUCAAUAUUAAAACCAGUAAUGAGAGUUUGUCACGAAGUUCGGAAGCGAUACCAUUGAGGGACAUUGAUGAAGAAUCAAGGAGGGAGAGCAAUCCAGACCUCCGGAGAUCCAAACGGGGGAAAACAAAUAAAUCGUAAUUUUAAAGGCACAAUUAAGGUGUUAAUUGAGCCUCAUUUUAAGGGGGGAGGUGUUGUAUAUGGUGACACCUGAUAUAGAUUAUUGUAUAAGGCAUGGUGAUGCUUACUAUAAACUAUGGUAUAUGUUAAUACCCAUGUGGUAUAUGGGGAUAUAUAGUAUGAAAUGAAUUGUUUUAUUGAUAUAAUAUGUUAUAUUGUAAUAUUAGAAAUAGACUGUACCUCAUGUAUACACAGUAUGAGGAAUCGAGUGUACCAACAGGAAAUAUUAAGGGAUUAACUUCGGGAAGGAUCAAAAGAUUAGAACUUUGUCCUUCACCGAUGCUGUCACGAGAACGAUGCUUGUUUCUUACUAAGAACAGAACAGCUGUGGACCCUCCGAAAACUCAAGAGGGUGAUGAUGCAAUGAAUGACGUUAGUCAGAUUACUUCAGAAGGGUAACGCCCUAACUGGACCAGAUAUAUACCAUACGGGGCGUAAGUAAAGGUGCUUUUUGAUAUCGACACUGCCUGAGCUAUCCAUUAAGUGGAGCAGGUGCUGUCGGAUACCAGGAGUCGGCCACUGCCCAUUGCUGAGGCAGACCACUGAUUUCUUACCAACAGGUUCCUCUCUCUGAUUUUGUACAGUAUCAAUAAAUGUAUUUAACAUCAA